AUGCAGCAGUCAAUUUGUGUGCAACAAAAUCACACUAACAAUGUUACAACUGGACAAUUUGCUUUAGAUUUUGGUCAAGGGCUAAAUAGCGAUGAGAGUACUGGGGAGAACUCCUAUGUUUGGUCACUGUCCCAUAUCCCGAGACAGACAAUAGUGCGUACACCCAGAGCGACUCUUCCCGGGAAUAUUGCAGUGAUUGACCGGCAUCCAUAUCCUGCGCAGCUUAUUGGGGAAGUCCCUCGCCAUCUCCAACGAGACGUCAGCAAUCUCCCUCUGUGUGUCCGCAACAUGACAAACCCUGUCAGGCAGCAGGCUUUGGAUCCCAGCCUGGGGCGGAUCUGUCAGAGCACCAGCUCCCAUCCUUGCAAAGGCUCCCCCUCUUCCAUGUACAGGACACAGGAUCACCAGGGCUGUCCCAUUUUCCAGCCUGGCUCUCCCCCCUGCCAAAAGGACAGAUGGCCUAAUGCCCACUGGGGGCAGAAGACUGGAAUGAUGAAAGGCUCGGUGGAUCCAAUGAGGGAGGACAGCAGUAAAUCGGGAAUGGCCUCGGAGCGGGUGGUUCUCAUUGUUGAUAACACACGGUUUGUGGUCGAUCCCAGCAUCUUUACAGGGCACCCUGACACACUGCUGGGCCGAAUGUUCACCUCAGGUCGAGAGCACAACGUCACUCAGGCGAACCAGAAAGGCGAGUAUGAGAUCGCUGAGGGUCUCAGUUCCACGGUCUUCCGAGCAGCCCUGGAUUAUUACACUACUGGAGUUAUUCAGUGUCCUGAUGGUAUUUCAGUCCAAGAACUCCGAGAUGCGUGUGACUAUCUGUGCAUCAACUUCAGUCACAAUACAAUUCGCUGUCGAGAUCUCAGUGCUCUGCUACAUGAGUUGUCAAACGAUGGGGCGCGGAAGCAGUUUGAGAAGAACUUGGAAGAGCUGGUGUUUCCCCUGAUGGUGUCAAGUGCCCGGAAAGGGGAGCGGGAAUGCCAUGUGGUUGUGCUGGCACAUGAGGACACUGUGGACUGGGAUCAACAACAUCCACCACAGAUGGGAGAAGAAUAUUCUCACAUUAUUUAUAGCACCAAACUGUACAGGUUCUUCAAAUACAUCGAGAACCGGGAGGUCGCCAAACAGGUUUUGAAGAACCGAGGGCUAAAGAACAUCCGCAUCGGAAUUGAAGGUUACCCAACCUGUAAGGAGAAGUUGAAGCUGCGAGCAGGGGGCCGUUACGAGGUGAUCUAUAACUACGUGCAGCGACCAUUCAUCCACAUGUCCUGGGAGAAGGAGGAGGGGAAGAGCCGGCAUGUGGAUUUCCAGUGUGUCAGGAGCAGGUCCGCCACCAACCUGGCCUCACCCCCCCGUGACCUUGGCACCACCCAUCACCCACAAGUGGAUGAGCUCGACAUCCUGGGUCCAGCGCAGGAACAGGCUGGGGAGGUUAGUGCCACCCUCCAGGAGUAA